CACAUUUCCACAACUCCAGCGAAGUCCACGACGUCCCAUCCAUCAUGGCCCUCAUGCUUGCUGCUCAACGUGUACCCCAGCGCCUCCUACCGCUACAUCGAGUGGCUCGCUUGCGCGACGCUGUCCGUCGCAUGCAUGUCGAGCCCAGCCAGAACGCUGUCGAGGAACUCAUUCAAACGAGCCCUGUGGUGUUCUUCUCGAAAUCAUACUGCCCGUUCUGCGUGCGCGUGAAGGAGCUCUUUGAAGACAUGGACAUCAAGCCUUUGACGAUCGAACUUGACGACUUAGGUAAGUCUCGUCGAUUGUCGCAGCGAGACCUUGAAACCUCUCCCUCCCUUCGACUGCAUUAGAGGCCGGCCAAGAUAUCCAAGACGUCCUUGCAGACAUGACGAGCCUUCGCACCGUUCCGAACGUGUUUAUCAACGGCCGACACAUUGGCGGAUGCGACAGCGUCAUGAAGCUGGCCAAAUCCAACACAUUGCUCGACACCAUCAACCACCACGCAUAACUUAACCUAUUUCCUUCCCCCGCCCAUCCCUUACCAUCUCAUUCAGGAAUUGAAAUGCGCGGCAUACGCAUUCUACAGGCUUGGACUUCGUACAAGAAUGAACCAGUCCAUUUCCGAUAGCUUAUGAACUACUACGUUUGUGUGCAUGACGCUACCGCAGGUUGUCGUGCGCAUGGUCGUUCAGUUUUCUGUUGAGCG